CUGUGACUCUACCCAUACCAUACUGGUGUCCCCAUAGGGCACUGUGGCUCUACCCAUACCAUACUGGUAUCCCUAUGGGAUAUUGUGGCUCUACCCAUUCCAUGUUGGUGUAUGUCUGGCUCUACUGGUGCCAUGCUGUUGACCCAAUGGUGUUGGUGGCUCUACCCAUGCCAUACUGGUGUCCCUAUAGGGCACUGUGACUCUACCAGUGCCAUACUGGUGUCCCUAUAGGGCACUGUGACUCUACCCAUGCCAUACUGGUGUCCCUAUAGGGCACUGUGACUCUACCCGUGCCAUACUGGUAUCCCCAUGGGGCAAUGUGGCUGUACCCAUGCCAUGGGACACUGUAGCUCUACUGGUGCCAUACUAUUGACCCAAUGGCGUUGGUGGCUCUACCCAUACCAUACUGGUGUCCCUAUGGGAUAUUGUGUCUCUACCCAUUCCAUGUUGGUGUAUGUCUGGCUCUACUGGUGCCAUACUAUUGACCCAAUGGUGUUGGUGGCUCUACCGGUGCCAUGUUGGCGUCCCAUGGUGCUGACAGCUCCGUCCCUGGCAGGGUUGUCCCCCACGUUGGCCAUCCACGUGUACACCCCGCGGGAGGUUUACGGCACCGUGGGCUCCCACGUCACCCUGUCCUGCAGCUUCUGGUCCAGCGAGUGGAUCUCAGAGGACAUCUCCAUCACGUGGCACUUCCAGGCCGAGGGCAGCAGGGACAGCAUCUCGAUAUUCCACUACGCCAAGGGCCAGCCCUACAUCGAUGACGUGGGGACCUUCAAGGAGCGCAUGGAGUGGGUGGGAAACCCGCGGCGUAAGGACGGCUCCAUCGUCAUCCACAACCUGGACUACACCGACAACGGAACCUUCACCUGCGACGUCAAGAACCCUCCCGACAUCGUGGGGAAAUCCUCGCAGGUCACACUCUAUGUCCUAGAGAAGGGUAUGGCUCGGCUAUGGGUGGUGCUGGCUCCGAUCAUCUUGCCGGGUGCUGUUGCUGGUUCGCCGCUAUUGUGGCUGCAUUUUUACCUGCUCCGUUCCUUGCUGCGCCGUCAGGCCGGGCUGCAGAGACGGCUCAGUGCUAUGGAGAAGGGGAAGCUGCAGAGAUCGGCCAAGGACGCGUCCAAACGCGCAGCCGCUCCGGUUCUUUACGCCAUGUUGGAUCCGGGUCGUGGAUCCAAAGCGGCGGCAGAGAAAAAAGCCAAAGGAUCGAGUGGGGAGCAACGCAAAGAGAAGAAAUAG